AUGCUGGUGGUGGAGGUGGCGAACGGCCGCUCCCUGGUGUGGGGGGCCGAGGCGGUGCAGGCGCUGCGGGAGCGCCUGGGCGUGGGGGGCCGCACGGUGGGCGCCCUGCCCCGCGGGCCCCGCCAGAACUCGCGCCUGGGCCUCCCACUGCUGCUGAUGCCUGAGGAGGCGCGACUGCUGGCCGAGAUCGGCGCAGUGACCCUAGUCAGCGCCCCGCGCCCGGACCCCCGCCAACACAGCCUGGCACUGGCAUCCUUCAAGCGCCAGCAAGAGCAGGGUUUCCAGGAGCAAAGCGCUCUGGCAGCUGAGGUCCGAGAGACCCGUCGUCAGGAGCUCCUAGAGAAGAUUACAGAGGGCCAGGCUGCGAAGAAGCUAAAGCUGGAACAGGAAUCAGGGACCAGUGGGAGCCAGGAGGCCGGUGGGAAGCAAGCUGCCGAAGAGAAUGAGGCCAGUGCUGGCCAGGCUGCUGGAGAGCAUGAGGAAGCAUGCUCCUCUCCCCAGCCAGGGCCUUCAAAUGGAGUGGCCCCCUUACCGAGGUCUGCUCUGCUUAUCCAGUUGGCCACUGCUCGGCCGCGGCCCAUCAAGGCUAGGCCCCUGGACUGGCGUGUCCAGUCCAAAGACUGGCCCCAUGCUGGCCGCCCUGCCCACGAGCUUCGCUACAGCAUCUACAGAGACCUGUGGGAACGAGGCUUCUUCCUCAGUGCCGCUGGCAAGUUCGGGGGCGACUUCCUGGUCUAUCCUGGCGACCCGCUCCGUUUCCACGCUCACUACAUCGCCCAGUGCUGGGCUCCCGGGGAUCCCAUCCCACUCCAGGACCUGGUUUCGGCUGGCCGCUUGGGCACCAGUGUCAGAAAGACACUGCUGCUUUGCUCCCCGCAGCCCGAUGGUAAGGUGGUCUACACGUCCCUGCAGUGGGCCAGCCUGCAGUGA